CGGGCAUUGUUGUUAUCAGCCUGAUGGAUUCGCCCUCCCGCUCCCUCGUAAUGGGCAUUUGAUGUGGAGCAGCUGAUGUGGGUCUCAGUCAUGAGUUGUUCGCUGCGCUAUCCACUUCUAUUGCUCGCCUGCUGGAUUACCGCUGGCGUCCAGGGCAGUCGCAUUUUGUGCCUCUCUGUGGGCGUGCAUCGAUCCCAGCUGCUGGUCCAUUUGGCGGUGGCCCGGGUGCUGCUCCAGCGUGGCCAUCAGCUGACUCUGGUAACCAGCCAGCCCUUGGAGAGGGAGUGGCUGACGGCGAAUGUAACUCAUCUGCUGCUGCCCUGGCAGCUGCCCAAGGAGCAGCUGAUCGAGCCUCACGCCAACUUUCUGAGUCGCCUGCAAUGGACACUUGAGAGAUUGGAGAAAUCGGGCGAGCUGCUGGAUCAGCCCGAAUGGCGAGAGUUUAUGGAGCACACUCCAGCAACGCCCUAUGAUCUCAUGCUGCUGGGCUACCAUUUCAAUGAUCAUCUUCUGGGCGUCGCUGCACAUUUCGAUUGCCCGGUGGCCAUUAUCACGACUCAGCAGCCAAUUGGCUUCGUGCACAGCCUGAUGGGCAAUCCAGAGGAGCGCUGGUAUGUGCCGCAGCCCUACGACAGUCGCCAGCGAACGGGACUGGAAGGCUACGUCUUUGGACUGUGGGAGAAGCUGUCGGAGCUGCUAGCCAGGCGCAUCAUGCAGCGCAUUUAUAGUCACAUGGUCAGCGAGGGACCCAUAGGUCCGCUGCUGCCCAGCAUGUUGGACAUUGGGGGCAUCGUUAUGGAGCAGAUGGAGCGAAAGGAGUUAAUCUUACCUCGACGUCCCUUCAUAGUCUUCAGCCUGGGCACGCGCUUUAGCUGGCUCACAAUGCCUGGUGAAGUGGAGAAAGCAUUUGUGGAUGCCUUUGCUCAACUAAAGGAUUAUGAUAUAUACUGGACAUAUGAUGGAGCUAAUGCUAGUGCUAUUCACUUGGCUAACAGUCAUAUCUAUUUGGAGAAAUGGUGGCCACAAGCUCAGCUGUUAGCUCAACCCCUGGCUCGACUCUUCAUCACACAUGGAGGCAAGGGAAGUCUCAGUGAGGCGCUCUACCACGGAGUUCCUAUGCUCGGCCUGCCUCUGCUAGGCGAUCAACGGCCAAAUUUGCGCAAAAUGCAAGCUAAGGGCUGGGGCUUGUCUCUGGAUAUUCACAAUACCAGUCAAGCUGAGUUGUUGUGCUCCAUUGAGAGGCUGCUGAAUGAGAGGCACUUCAGGGAGAGCAUUCACAGAUCUUCAUUGUUGUAUCGUGAUCGUCCUUUGAAUGCCAGCGAUUUGGCUGGGUAUUGGCUGGAAUAUGUGAUUAGGCAUGAGGGUGCACCGCACCUAUCUGGCAGCGCCAGGUACUUGACUUUCUGGCAGCGCCAUCUACUAGACGUUAGACUCGCCGUCUAUGGAACGCUGGGUUUGCUUUGCUGGUUGGCCCUUUGGCUAAAUAGAAAACUCGACUGCAAUCGCUGACUAGCUUUAUCGUUUAAUCGUAAUUUGUAAUAGAUAUUUAUAUAAGUAAGUUUACAUAUAUAUAUAUGGAUUGUAUAUAUAUAGUAAGUAGUUAUAGUUGUAGCUUAAACACGAAACUUAAGUACAAUUGAAUGUUAGUUGGUUUCAAUACUUUUUGUUCGUUUCCGAAAUUUUAGAUAGUGUUCAUUGUGUUUCAGUUCAUACGCCUAGAACCAGAAUUAAUUUAAAUUUAAUUUUUCAAUGUGUUGACUUAAAUUACAAGAUGACUGCAAAUGAAUAGAACGUUUUCUAGAUUUACUUGAAGACUAAAGUGAAUGAACAAGAUUGAAUAAGCUUAAUAGUUCAAUUUAUUAUUUAGAAAGUUUCUAGAAAAAUCAUUCCAGUUGAGUUCAAUCAUGAGAUUGAUGGCACU